AUUUGAUUGAUAAUUUGAGCGUGUUUGUCUCGGCGCCAUGCCCGAAUAGUUAGUGUACCAUUCAUUCAUUCUCCCUAGCCUGUUUUUAUUUGUCUACACUAAAUUCAUCGAUCCGAUUUGGCCGGCCGGGAAGCUGGAACGAGCGCAUGCAAUGGCGCCAUGUCUCUUCUCCUGCUUCCGCAAGCGCGCAUCCUCAGCGGUGGCCAACCAUCAGGACAACGACAACGCCGCAACAGAAGUGACGGAGGAUGAGGAGGAGACGUCGUUGGCGGCGAGUGAGGGGCCGGUGGUGGUGGAGCUCUUCUCGUCACAGGGCUGCGCCACCUCCCACGAGGCGGAGCUUCUGUUUUCGCGGUUGGGGAGGGGAGACUUCGAGGGGGAGCUGCCGCCGCUCAUCCUGCUGGCAUUCCACGUGGACUAUUGGGAUCACAUGGGGUGGAAGGACCCCUUCGGCUCGAGCCAAUGGACGGUGAGGCAAAAGACGUACGUCGAGGCCUUCCGGCUGGACACCAUUUUCACGCCCCACCUCGUCGUCCAUGGCCGCGCCCAAUGCGUUGCCAAUGAUCGGGACGCCGUCUUCACCGCCAUCAACUCGGUUUCUAGAUUCCCACCUCUUUCUUUCCGGGCAACGUUCGAGAGGCCAAGAACAGAGACAUUGCAGGUGUCAUUGACUCGAAGUAUAAAGAAAGACGAAAGCGGGGGCAAAGACAUCGUCAUCAUGGUCGCGCUAUUCGAGUGCGGUUUGUUGACACGAUGCGAGGACGGACAGAAUAGAGACACAGUCCUUGCCAACGACUACGUUGUCAGGAGAUUGGAGAGGUUGUGUGACGGUGAGGUCAAGGAUGUUGUGGCAGAGAACGAGAAGAAGAAGACUGUGUCAUCCAGAACGAUCAAUUUCUCACUCUGGGAAACUUUCAAUAGUGGUAAAUGUGGGAUAGCUAUCUUCGUCCAAAACUCAUCUCAUCAAAUUCUAGGUUCACAGAAAUUCCAAUUGCCACCACACAUAUGAUGCGGCAUGAAUUCUAAUGUUGAGGCUAGAGCUUGCUUCCUGUGCUCGUUGCUCGAGAGAUCAUCUAGGAGCGAAGACUUGGUUCGUGCUUCCUCCAUUCGGGUUUUAAACAUUAAUAAACGUGCUCAUGGGUAUUUUACUAUAGAGCCUGCGUGCUCAUGAAUAGCCCAGUGUGGCCUUUUUGUUUUAAACAAUGUUUUCCGCUGCAUUAUGAAUUACUUAUUAUGUUUGUUUAUGGAUGUUAUAUGUGUGAAUGAUAUUCAAGACGCUUUGUAUAAUAUGGAUGUGUUAAACUGCGGUUGACUAUUCGUAUUGUACGGCGGGUUGUUGACGUGUC